CGUUUUCUAUCUCCACCAAUUCCAUAAAAUCACAUCACUCUUUCUCUGCCUCUCUUCCUCUCCAAAACUUCAUCAAGGCCUUGCCAAUUUCUUGUUCAGUCCUCGAUGGCCAUGGCAACUCAAGCUUCUCUCUUCACCCGAACCCUCGCCGCCCCGAAGCCCGGCGUCGACCGCGUGAUCCCGCCGUGGAAGCAAUCGGCGUCCUCCUUGGCCUUCACCGCCACUCCUAAGGCUGCCAAGUCCUCGCCGAGGACCGGCAUCAGGGCAGCCGCCGCAGAGGGCAAAGCCGAGGCCCCGACCAAGGAGGAGGCACCCGUCGGGUUCACGCCGCCACAGUUGGACCCCAACACCCCGUCCCCGAUCUUCGGCGGCAGCACCGGCGGCCUAUUGCGCAAGGCUCAGGUCGAAGAGUUCUACGUGAUCACCUGGGAGUCGCCGAAGGAGCAGAUCUUCGAGAUGCCGACCGGAGGGGCGGCUAUCAUGAGGCAAGGCCCCAACCUGCUCAAGCUAGCUAGGAAAGAGCAGUGCUUGGCGCUCGGAACCCGACUGAGGUCCAAGUACAAGAUCAAGUACCAAUUCUACCGGGUCUUCCCCAACGGCGAGGUCCAGUACUUGCACCCCAAGGACGGCGUCUACCCGGAGAAGGUGAACCCGGGCCGUCAAGGGGUCGGCGUGAACUUCAGAUCGAUCGGGAAGAACGUCAGCCCCAUCGAGGUCAAGUUCACCGGAAAGCAACCCUAUGAUUUGUGAGGCGAAGAAAUAGUUCACUUGGGUUCGGAGUACUUGCUUCUCUUCUUGAUGUAUUUAUCUGUCAUUAAUGUGAGCACUGUAUGAAAAGUCUGUUCUCAGUUAUUAAUUACACUUUCUCAAUGUUGACUGAU